AUGAAUGCGGAGCGAUUUUACAACGAUCACCAACGGUUCAUGACAGUUGGUCACUAUAGAUUGGCUGUGGUAGCCGAUUUGAGUUGCGAUUGUAGUGAUGAAUUAAUCAAUUUUUCCUCAGAAAAUGAGUACUUUAACGGGUCAUAUCGAUGGUUAUUAUUUUCGGAGUUUAAUAUGAGUAAAACAAUGAAUACUGUAAGAAAACAGAAUUUGAAUAUCGAUUCUCGUGUAACGGUGGUGGUUGAGACCAUUGAAGAAAAUUUAGAGUUUUUUGAAAUUUUUGGCACGGUACGCCGACGAGGAGGUAGGACGCAUGUGACGAAAGUUGGAUCCAAGACGAAAAGUAGUGGCAUAGUUUGGACCUGCACUACGAACUCAUAUUAUGUGCGAGAUGAUCUUGGAGGGGUGACAUUGCAAGGGGCUGUUGCGAUUUUGCAGAGAACAAAUGUUGAUGUCGUUCAUGAAUUAUAUGAAAGAAAGGUACUUUCGCAUGAAUUUGGUUUUACAAAUAUUAGUAUGGGAAUAUCUUUGGUCAAAAAAGGUGGAUAUGCCUUUCACUGUGACAAUUCGUAUGGAAAUACUUUUAUCAUGAGAACAUUUUCCGAUCAUGAAAUAUGCGAGUUGCAAGAGAUGAGUCUGUUUCCGCCUCGAGCAGUUCACCUUAACGUACCGAAAGGAAGCCCAUUGAAGGAAAUAUUUCGCGUUACGCUGAGACGACUGCUGGAAAUAGGGCUAGCCGAGUAUUACCAAAGAAAAUUGUUUAUGAAAAGACCACCCUGUCUGAAGCAGAACACUGCCUCCGUGCAGGUUCGGCUUGAAGAUAUUGAGGAUCUCUGUAUUUUGCUGGCGAUUGGUGCUUCUGUUAGUAUUGCAAUUUUAUUGAUAGAAAUAGUUGAGUUUCGCGUGCGAAGGUACUGGGACAUAAAACAGUUCGCAAAGCAUUACACUGGAUGGUUGGAUUAA